AUGGCAUUAAAAAAAAAAUAAUUUACUGAUCAAUUAGAAAAAGAUUUGGAGUAAUAAAAGAUGUUAAAUGAAAAACGUUUGAAAGAAUAAGAAGAAAAAAGGUAAAGGGAAAUUUAAGAAUAUAAGGAAAAGGAUGAUAAUGAAAAAAAAAGGCAAGAAGAUGCAGAAAGAAAAAGGAAUUUAGAAGCUACUUAGAAUCAAAAUCGCCAGAAAAAGGAAUCUUGCUAAAUAAUGUGAAAAAUAUAAUAAAUUAAAAAUAUUUUUUCUAAUUAUUCUUCAUUCUUAAUAUUUAAAAAUCUUAAUAGUCAUAAUAUCUUCAUUUAUUUGGGCAACUUCAAUUUUAUUUAAUUAUUAUUAAUUAUGUUCCACUUAAAAUUUGUAUAUAAUAUUUUUAUGCCUUUAUUAUUAAUAAAUAUUAAUAAAUAAUAAUGCUUAGAUUGAUUUCAAAAGGUUAUUAGUUUGCAAGAUAAGCAAAAUAAACAAAGCAAAGUAAAUAAAUAUAGGAAAAUAAAGAAACCGAUGAGAAAAUGAAAAAAAUGCAACAAUUAGUAAUUAUCUAUAUAAUUAAGGAAUAAAUAUUUAGAUCCAUAAACUUCUGAUGCUUUAGAUAAAUACAUAGAUUCCUUUGGGAACAGCUCCUUUUCAAGUCUUAUAACUAAAAUUUCCUCAGAUAUAACUUCAGAGCAUAGCCAUUUUAAAUGUAUUUUAUGAUCACAAUUAAAAUAGAAAUUUGUAAGCAAGCCUAAUAAAAUAAAGAUUUAAAAUAAUUAGUAAAAGAUAAAAAUUCUGAAUUCAUGAAACAUGUGUUAGAAUUUUAAAAUAGUUUUGCUCCUUUUACAUAAACAAAUAUUGAUGAAAAAUCAUAAUCAUAUUAAUCUUCAAUUAAAUAAAAGAAAAAAAAAUGA